AGUAUCUGCAAGUCGCGAGCGCGUUCAUUUUUCAUUUAUUGAUCGUACGUGCGUUCGAGUUGAAUCCCAAACGUCGCAUUUGCCAUGGCACGCCGCUAUGAUUCCAGGACGACCAUAUUUAGUCCCGAAGGUAGGCUCUACCAAGUGGAAUACGCGAUGGAAGCCAUAGGUCACGCCGGUACGUGCCUAGGCAUCUUGGCGACCGACGGGAUCUUGCUGGCCGCCGAGCGAAGGAACACCAACAAGCUGCUCGACGAAGUCGCCGCGGCCGAAAAGAUCUACAAGGUGCACGAGGACGUGGCCUGCAGCGUGGCCGGUAUCACCUCGGACGCGAACGUGCUCACCAACGAAAUGCGUCAGAUCGCUCAGCGCUACCUGCUCCAGUACGGCGAGUCCAUCCCCUGCGAGCGCCUCGUCAGCUGGCUUUGCGACCUGAAGCAAGCUUACACCCAGUACGGGGGCAAGCGUCCGUUCGGCGUCUCGGUCCUGUACAUGGGCUGGGACAAGCACUACGGCUACCAGCUCUACCAGUCUGACCCGAGCGGCAACUACAGCGGCUGGAAGGCCACGUGCAUCGGCAACAACAGCGCUGCCGCCGUGUCCAUCCUCAAGCAGGAGUACAAGGAGAACGAGACGACGCUAAAGGAUGCCCUGGCUCUCGCCAUCGCCGUGCUGAGCAAGACGCUGGACGCGACGACGCUCGCAGCGGACAAGCUCGAAGUGGCUACUCUCACUAGAGACUCGCUGCGUAACAAGACGCGCGUCACCAUCCUGCCUCUGUCGGAAGUGGAGAAGCUCAUAAAGAAGUUGGAAGACGGCGACAAGAAAUAAGAGUACGGCGACAGCCCUUCGCCCGCUUUACCAUAUUGGGAGUCCUAAUAAAACGAGC